CAGAAGAAACAGCAGAAUAUGAGUGAAUCUACUUACCUGGAUACCUCAACCCUCAGGGCAAGUGUAAUCGUUAAGUUUAAUGAAGGAAAAUGUAGUUUGAAAAAGACUGAGAUGCUUCAAGAAGAUCUGCAAUGGAUAAUACCAGAUAAUCAUAACUCAGUAAUGGAGAGCUUCUGCUAUGUAAACCUAAAGUGCAGCUCUGGCAAGAAAGAUUUUGGAGCCUUCGGCAAACCUACAACAGCUAAAGAAAUGUUUAUCACAGUGGACUUGAAGCUUGAAACAAACCAAAAGGAGAUGACAGACACAUGUGAUUUGAGUUGUGCUCGAAAAAGGACCGAGAAGCAACUCCGCAAAACAAUUAGAAUCUUGAGGAAGGCAAUCAGCAGGGAGCAAUUCCAUGUUUGUGUCUCUGGCAUGGACCAUGAAAUGUCCAGAAUGUCUCCUGGGCUCUCAGAUCCACAGGAGUCCUGUAGCAUGGGACAAAUGCGUGUGGAUAACAGAUGCGCUAGCUGCCGUAUUGGAACGUACUAUGACAGGAAACAAGAACUCUGUGUUUUAUGCCCUAAUGGAACAUACCAAGAUGAGGAAGGACAAAUAAUUUGUGAACCUUGCCCAAGUUCUCAGGACCCGGGACACCAAAAAUUAGCUGGCGCUCGUGAUAGAGCUGAAUGUGGAGGUCAGUGCUCACUGGGUGAAUAUUCCUCUGAUGGCUUCAGGCCCUGUCUGCUAUGUCCCUUUGGAACAUACCAGCCGGAAGCGGGCCGGACAUUCUGCUUUCCAUGUGGAGGAGGCCUUACAACGAAAUACAGCCGUGCCUCGAUGUUUCAGGACUGCGAGAUGAAAGCUUCCUCCAAUUCUGUGACCACAUAUGAAACCUGCCAAACUUAUGAACGUCCUAUAGCUUUCACAUCUAGGUCUAAAAAACUGUGGAUCCAGUUCAAGUCAAAUGAAGGGAAUAGUGCCAAAGGAUUCCAGGUGCCCUAUGUAACAUAUGAUGAGGGAUACCAGGAGCUAAUAGAAGACAUAGUUCGGGAUGGUAGACUUGCAUCUGAAAAUCAUCAAGAGAUACUUAAGGAUAAGAAGCUGAUUAAGGCGUUGUUUGAUGUCUUAGCACAUCCGCAGAACUACUUCAAGUACACAGAGUCUAGACAGAUGUUCCCACGAUCCUUCUUUCGUCUGCUGCGCUCUAAAGUUUCCAGAUUUUUGAGGCCUUACAAAUAACUGGUCCUGCAUUUAAAACACUAAACAGCUCCUAAUGAUGCGUCAGAGCAUUCUGAUGGGUGGGGAUGUGUCACACCGGUGGAGAGACUGUAGGAAACUCUCCCAUUAGCUCUUUUGCAGAUUUGACUUUCACCACUAAUAUAAAUGAAAUUUUGACUCCUUUUCAGAGGAUCCUUUUUAGGUCACAAGAUGCUCUACGGGUUCAGGGUCUGUUGGAGCAGAGACUGGCAAAGUUUUCCGUAAUCAAAUGAUACCAGAUGCAAUAUCUUUAGAGCUCUGCCCUGUUGCUGCCUUAGUAACACACAGCCCAUCCACAUGUAGUAGCUUAAGUCCAUGGUCACCAACCCGUCAGCUGGCUAUGAACAGGCUGCUUCGCUGCAGCCUCCCUUGCUCCCACCCACCUCUCCGCUGCUACUACCAGCGCAGGAAGACAGCAGAGGAAUAAAGAUCCCAGCAUGCCAGCUUCAGCUGCUCAGGC